AUGAGUACUGUUUUACCGAGCCGCAAGUCCUUUCUUAGAAGCGUUAGCGGUCGCAAUCUUGAUGACUGGUCACUAAAGAGCGUACCACAAGGGCUCAUUGCUGAGCAGGGUUCAGUACGGCUAGGGCUGAGGAAGCUAUAUUCUGCUAAAUAA